AUGCUGAGACACAUGAAGAGUAUGCAGACGGAGUUUUUCAAUGGAAAGGCCGACGCAAUUGUCGCGGAUAACUGGAGACGUCAACUCGAGAGGAACUUCGCUUCUGCAAGGUGCCCACCGGAGUUCCGUAGGGACCUGGCUGCUCACUAUCUUAAGGACGACGCACUAGUGUGGUGGGACGAAGUGGUCGAAAGAUCACACGGGAUACGACUGACCUGGGAUGAUUUUCUGGAAGCAUUCAAUGGGAAGUACUUUCCCUUAGAAGCCAUAGACGCGAUGGAAAUCAAGUUUCAGGACAUCCGCCAGGGGUCGAGGAAUGUACGAGAUUACGGAGACGAGUUCAACCGACUUCGGAGAUUUGUGGGUCACUACCUGAGUGAUCACGACUUAAUCCGCCGUUUCCUCAAAGGUAUGAGAGUGGAACUGAGGAAUAGCUGCAACGUGAGGGACUAUCGUGAUGUCCAUGAGCUGAUUGAGAAAGCCGCAGAACAAGAAUCAGGGCUCGAGGAAGAGUGGAAACAGAACCAGAACUCCCAGAACCGGGGUGCCAAACGGCCCCGGGAUGCACAGCCCGCGGCCGAGCCUGCUCCGUUAAGGCCCGCAUGUGAAAGGUGUGGACGAUUCCAUGCGGGGGAGUGCAGGAUGGGAGCAUGCUUCGCCUGCGGCGAGCGCGGCCAUAUAGCGAGGGACUGCCCGAAGGAGAGACAGGCGCGACGCAGGCGCUGUUACUGCUGCGGCCAGGAGGGACAUCAGGCGUGGGAGUGCCCAACACUCCAAGGAGGAAACGCGGAAGGGGCGCAACCCCAACAGCAGAGAGGGCAAGCCGCAGGGGCAAGAGCGUACGCCGUCGAGGGUCGCGAAGGAGCCGAACCAAUCGCGGGGUCUGUCGCGGUCGGAGGAGUGACAGCGUUCACUCUCUUCGACACCGGGGCAACUCACAGUUUUGUAAGCCCUAGACUUACGCGUGAGUGGGACUUUAAGGGGAACUUCAACACCAUGGUGACGGGAGUCGAGACGGCAGGAACAGAGAAAAUGGCCACGAGGGGAAGAUAUGAAGAAGUACCAGUGAUCCUCGCAGGAGUGAAUUUACCCGGAGACCUGCUGGAGUUAGAACUGGGGCGUUACGAGGUGAUCUUGGGAAUGGAUUGGCUAGCACAACACCGAGCCGUGGUUGAGUGUGCCAAAGCAUGCGUUAGGAUUCCGCUUGAUGGGAGGCAAAUCGUGUACAGAGGAAUGAGAACUAGGACCAGAAUAACUGUGGUGUCGAUGGCCCAUGCUGAAGAAGCAAUCCGGAAAGGAGGAGAAGCCUUUUUAGCCACCAUUUAA